CUAGGGUUUAAGAUUUUACAUGCUUUCUCUUUCCAGGGUUUAGGCAAACUCAAAAACGAAAGAAAAAAUAAAAAAUAAAAAAAACCCAAGCCAAGCCUUCCAAACAAACGAACAUCCCUAAUUCAGCAACAUCCCAUGAAUGAUAAAAAACACCUUCAAAUUCUUCUCUCACCUGAGGAAGAAGAAGAAGAAAGCCUCAAAAAAUCACCCGGACCCUAUUUCUUACAACGGGCUCUCAGUUCCAGAUUCCAACUUUGGCACUCUCCUCCAAUUCUGCUCUCAGUUGAAGAAAACUUCAAAGUACCCUGACCCUUUUUUCUUCAACAAGCUUCUCCACAGGCUCACAGCUUCUAACUGCGGCACACUCUCUCUCAAGCUACUCUCUUUCUUCCUCUCCAAAGGGUACACCCCUCACCCUUCUUCUUUCAAUUCAAGCAUCUCCUUUUUAUGUAAGUUAGGACGUUCUGAUUAUGCUCAAAAGCUUGUAAAUUCGAUGCCUUUUUAUGGGUGUGAGCCAGAUAUUGCAACUUAUAAUUCUUUGAUUGAUGGGUAUUUUAAAUGCGGUGAUGUUGUUAAGGCUUGUUUGGUUUUCGAUGAUAUUAGGGCAGGUAAAUGUAAGCCUGAUUUGGUUACUUUCAAUGCGUUGUUUAAUGGGUUUUGUAAGAUGAGGAGGAACAAAGAGGUUUUUGUUUAUAUGGGUUAUAUGUGGAAAUGCUGUUUGCCGAACGUAAUUACAUAUAGUACGUGGAUCGAUAUGUUUUGUAAAUUAGGGGAUUUGAAAAUGGGGUUUAAGGUGUUUAGGGAUAUGAAGAAAGAUGGUGUAUCGUUGAAUUCCAUUGUGUUUACUUGUUUGAUUGAUGGGUGUUGUAAGGUUGGUGAUUUUGAGCUCGCCUUUGAAUUGUAUUGGGAAAUGAAACAGACUAAGCUUGCGCUGAAUGUGGUUACUUAUACUGCACUCAUUGAUGGUCUUUGCAAGAAGGGAAUGUUGGAAAGGGCUGAGUGCUUGUUUUUGAGAAUGUUGAAAGAUAAAGUUAAGCCAAAUUCUGUUGUUUAUACUUCGAUCAUUGACGGGCAUUUCAAAAAGAGGAAUGUAAGUGAUGCCUUGAAAUAUUUGGCUAAGAUGUGUGUUCAAGGGAUCAAGUUUGAUAUGGCAUUGUAUGGUGUAAUCAUAUCUGGCCUUUCUAAUUGUGGUAGGUUUGACAAAGCAUCAAAAUUUAUGGAAAAUAUGGUCAAGAGCGGAUUGCUUCCUGAUAAGUUGCUGUUAACCACAAUGAUGGAUGCUCAUUUCAAGGCUGGGAAUGUAAAAGCGGCAUUGGAUGUGUAUGGUGAAUUAUUGGCCCGUGGUUUUGACCCUGAUGUUGUAGUCCUUUCAAGCUUAAUGGAUGGCUUGUGCAAACGUGGCUGUCUGCAUGAAGCUGAAAGUUAUUUUUGCAGAGAAAAGGCUAAUGAAAUAUCUUAUACUGUUCUCAUUGAUGGGUUGGCUAAGAAAGGGGAUUUUACUGAGGUUAAUAGGGUUUUUAGGGAGAUGUUGGAGGCAGGGUUCACUCCAGACAAAUAUGUAUAUACUUCUUGGAUUGCCGGGCUUUGUGAGCAAGGAAAUUUGAUAGAGGCCUUUAGACUAAAGAAUAGAAUGGUUCAAGAGGGUUUUCAACCUGAUCUAUUAACUUAUAGCUCCCUCAUUUUUGGCUUAGCAAAUAAGGGUUUGAUGAUUGAAGCAAAGCAAAUAUUUCAGGAUAUGUUAAAAAGAAAAAUUACUCCUGAUGCUGCAGUUUAUGAUAUUAUGAUUAGAGGGUAUCUGCAGCAGAAUAAUGAAGCUGCCGUUUCUGAGUUGCUUGAAGAAAUGAGAAAGAGAGGUUUUUCAACUGCAGCAUGCAAAGACGGUGAAGAAAAUAAAUUUUGAUAGCACAUAAAGCCUUCAAUUAUGACUUUAAUUUGAGCUUGUCUACCCAUUAUUUGAAAUUAGAAAGGAAAAAAAAAA